ACAGGGGAGGGGAAUAGCGAGCAUAAUUGUUUGCUUUACUCAGCUUGUAGGCAGGCAGACCGUUUAGGCAGAGAGACACAGAAGAACACUUGGAGAGAUUGAGAGGAGGCACAAAAUAAAUAAAGAGAGAAGUAAGAUAAAAGGGAAACAAAUCCCCAACAGCACAAAAAAAUGGAUCCCAACAAGAUGCCAAACGCCCCACCACCAGGCUGGAACCCAGAUGAGAAGUCUGGGAUGGGACAACCAGCUCCUCCACCCUACCAGGACCACCCCCAGUACCCCAACGCAGGAUACCCCGCACCAGCAGGCUACCCCGCACCAGCAGGCUACCCCACCAAUCCCCAGGGCUACGCACCACCGCCACAGUAUGGAGGAGCUCCUGGGGCCCCUUACAGCCAGCCAUACCCCCAGGGCCAGUACCCCCCGGGACACCACCCCCAGUCCACCAUCACAGUCCAGCCUACGGUGUUUGUGACCCAUGGAGCUCUGCCUUACCCUCUGCCAGACUACCUGGGCUACUCCAUUUUCACCAUGCUGUGCUGCUGCCUGCCACUUGGCAUCGCUGCACUUAUCUACUCCAUCUCGACUAGAGACGCCAACAACCAGGGUCACCAGCAGAUUGCUGAGAAGAAUUCUCGUCUAGCGCGGAUACUGAACCACACCGCCCUGGGUAUCGGCAUCACCAUCAUCGUCCUGUACAUCGUCUCCGCCCUCAUCCUGGGAAACCGUAUCGACUGAUCUGACAACUCAACACCGGCUAGCACCACAGCCACCGCUUCUCAACUCCAGCACCCAAAAUCAUCCUAACCUUGACCACAUACAAUAGGUGCCAGUGACAGGCACUUUCCAAAGAGAUACAUCCCACUGGGGACACACUGGUUGAAUCAACGUUGUUUCCACGUCGUUUCAAUUAAAUGGUGUUGAACCAACGUGGAAUAGACGUUGAAUUGACGAAUGUGCCCUGUGGGAUAUAUCGUAAUGCUGUUUAUUCAUCAAUGUUUAUGACAUAGAUUUUGAAAAUCUACAUCUAAUGACUUACUUUUUUUAAUACCUGCAGACCAGAUAGUUUAAAUCAUUUAUGUUGCCUGUUUAAUUGUAUAUUUAAUAUACAUAAAUAAACACCAAAUUAUUGACA